AUGCCGCUGGUGCGCUUCGAGUUGCGGAAUGAGUACGGGCUGGGGGAUCCGGAGCUGUUCAGAGGGGGGGCUAAGAGGGAAGAGCCGAAGGCUCUCCUGGAAGGGGUUGCCGUCGCCGGACUUGUGGGAAUCCUGCGACAGCUCGGCGAUUUGGCGGAGUGAGUCUCUCUUCCCCUGCGAAUAUCAUCUCUCUCGGGUUGGCAUUUAGGAUGGGUCUAGCAUUCGAAGGAAUCAACCGAGAAAAAAUCUUUGUCACUUUUCUUUUUGGCAAAUUUUUGAUAUUCGCAAUUGCUCAACAUGAGAAAUUUUAUUUUUCUUGCUUUCCCCUGGUCCUACAUUCUACUCAACUACAAUGCCAACACUCUCGACACCCGCGAAAUGUGCUUAGGUCUCUGAAAUAACGUUUUGCGUUGUGUAGAAUCAGUAAUUGACUGUCCGAAGCUCGGGUGAGGGUUUACUCGACGCCUAAUCCUCAUUUUGUCAAAAUGUUACAGGAAUAUGGCAAUGGCCCCUGUAAACUUCUAAAGUGCCAAACUAUUUAGUGACUUCACAUGUUCAUCCAUUAAUGUACUGCGGCUGUCCUCGAUUUAUUAUGAACCGUUUUCCUUCCUUUUUUUCCCUACUUCUUUUGAAGCACUCUACUUUAACGAAAUAUUAUGGGUAAUCAUGCAGGUUUGCAGCAGAAAUUUUUCAUGAUUUACACGAACAGGUAACUGCUACGGCUUCUAGAGGGAAAAGAAUGAUGGCUCGGAUGCGCCAUAUAGAAGAAGCGCUUCCUUCCUUAGAAAAGUCUGUUCACGACCAGAAGAGCCACAUUCAUUUUGCUUAUACAGCUGGUAUGUCAUUCUAGUUUAUUUUGACGUUGUUUAUGUCGAUCGUACCUGGAAGUUGUUGUUUAUCAAUAAUGACACGUUAUUGACACUCUAGAUGACCCUUAAUGGUGACUUAAAUGCAUAGCACGCAUUUCUGUUCUUUUAGUAAUUACAGCCUCUGCUGACUGCUGUAAAAAGGAAAGAAAGUUGACAUUCAGACAAGUGAUCUGUGGAAAAAAUGUACACCCCAUUUGAAAGCGUAAAAGGGAAUAUGCUGAAAUCUAUGUCAGAGUGUGAAUACGUAUGGGUUCCUUGUACGAGAUCAUUCCUCUGGUCACAUGGUUCAGGAGCAAUCUUCUAGAUAUUCUUGAAAAAAUAGUGAAAUUUAGUUUUUAUUUCUUAUUUUCUUAUCACGUGGUUUCUUUCUCUCAAGUUACCUGAAAUCUUAUUUUGACAAUUGAGGAAUAUUUUUUUUGGCAACCUCUCAGUUUCAUUUGAAAAAUUAUUGACGACUACUUUUAAGUUAACAUCGUAUAGAAAAUAAAAAAUAUCUUAUUAGCCUGUGAGAGGGUGUAUAUGAUCUGGGUUAAGGAUCCAAUCCUGAUAAAGAAGACUAUAGUUAUGGUAUUUGAUUUAUGUAGUAAUCGACCAAAAACAUUGUGGAAUAGGGGUUAACAUGUUGAAAGGAAUUCCUUGUCUUCUCGUUUUGGAAUAUAAGGAAAGUUUAAUUAACCUUCUCGUUGUACUAUUUUCUUUCUAGAAAUUCAAAGAGAAGUUUUACUGUGACUUUAUACAAAAGAUUUUUCAAUCUAACCCCCCCAACCUAGUUUUAGCUCCAACUCUGCACUGUACCCGCGGGAGGAAAUAUUUCUCAUUACCAUCUAAGGGGAAGCAUAGCGAGAUUGUGGAAGGAUCUGAGAUCAACACAAUACAUAGAAAGACGCUUAUGAGUUUCAGAUUCAUUUUUUAGAGUCCUAAAAGGCACCUUUUUGUGUAUAAAACUUUUGUAUGAAUGCACUGGCGCUGCAUGGAACUUACUCUAGCUUCUGAAAGAUCAAAUGAUGAGCCUGAUGUAAGAGCAUGCAUGAAUACUACCACCUAUCAGCACCAUGAAUUUUGGGACUGUGAAUAUAUUCUAAAAAUUGUUAUGAGAAAGAAACUGAGUCACAGCAUGCCAUCGUCAACGAAUUUGAUUCUCCCGACAUUUUUUUGUGUGAAAUAAACGAUUCAGACCAUUCAUCAGUUUCCAUUGGUUUUUCAGGUUCUGCUUGGCAUUCAAGUCUUCAAGUUGAACGUGAUCAUCUUCGACAUACUGACUUGCCUUAUUUUAUCAUGGACUCUUACGAAGGAUGUCGUGAUCCACCUAGCUUUUUCUUGCUUGACAAGUAUGACGUAUAUAUUUUUGUUGUAUGUGGAAAGUUUGAUUCUCUUUUCUGGUGAUAUCAAAAUUUAAUGUUUGCCUUUCAGAUUUGACAAUGCUGGCCCUGGUUCUGGUGCUUGUUUGAGAAGGUACUCUGAUCCUACAUAUUUCAGGAGGGUUUGUUCCAAUGUGGAGCCAGUGAAAGUAGAAAAGGUUCAUAAAGAAAGAAAGACACACAGAAGCAAGGUAUAUUAUCUCCUUAACUGAACCAGACAACCACCAUAGACGUUUUAGUGCAGGAUGCUUAUCUACAGUGUAGAACAUGCGGAUGUGCUGAAUGUGAGACACAACGGGGUCAAUAACUGGAUGUGGUCAUGAAAAUUAGAAGAAUCUAAAUAUUUUUCAUUUUUCGUGUCAUUACUAAAUAAUUUAUCGCUGUAUGUUACAAUCAUUUCGUGAAUAGUGAUGCUCUUCUGCAACUUUCUGGGGUUGAAGAAAAAUCCUUUUUAAUUAAUGCCCUCUAAUGUGCAGAAAAAACUGUCACGAUCGAAAGAUGUCGGUGUUCAGUUUGUCAUGCCCUCGUCUAAUCGUGCUAACAGGUAUAUUCCUGUAAUAGUUUAUAGUAUGUAAAUUCAGCUUUUGGUGAUGCACAAUUUAUUCCGUGCUUGCUUUUCUGGCUCUCUGCCUCUAUGUCCUUCUGGUUAUACCACUUUCUGAUUGUCAUUCUUGUUUUCAGUAUACAGUGUGCUUCCCCUGCGACUGAUGGCCAAAGCAUUGCUGCAGAGACUUUGUCAACAUCUGACUACAGAAUAAAGUCUGAACUUGGAAGCAGGUCCACAUCUUUUGACUCUAGAACAAGGCUGAGUUUUGUGGAACCUGUUCUAGACAUAAAUUUUUCGGCGGAAAAUGAAGAACAAGAUUAUACUUUGUCAUAUGGUUCUGCAUUAAAAGAUAGUCACAUUGAUGUGUGCAUUACGACGAUCGCUGUGGCUGAAAACGCAGAAAAUCCGGAUGGUGAUGAUGAAUAUUACAAUGAUUAUUUGCAAGCGCAGAGUGCCUCAGGUUCACUUUAUGGCGCAUGGGAUGUGAAUGCAGAAGCAGUAAAGCCUAAACCAAAGUCCAGAACCUUAGUUAUCCCUGUGCUGAACGUAAAUUAUCCAUUGGCAUCUGAAGAGCCCGUGUGUAGUAUGGUAUCUAAUCCUCAGUUUUGUGAUGGUUACACUGGUGCAGGUAGUCCUGGCAAACCUGAAGAGAAAAAUGUUGAAGUUUCUUAUGAAGUUGGUGAUGACCAAUCUGGUCUUAAGUUUGAUUUAGAGCAAAAGAUCCCUCCAUCACCUUCGAUUACAUGGGAUGAGAAAGCAGAAAUAGUAAGGCCUCCAAGCGCACUUCUCUCUGAUAGUGCCAUUAUUCCAGGGUCAGAUUCACCUUCCUUGAUAUCUGAGUCAGGUAAGAAGGUUGCCGAAUCCUCUAUGCCCCAAGAAUUAGAUAAUGAGGAAAUGGGGAAUGGAGUUACACAUAUUGAAGUACAGCAUUUUGAAGAAGUUGUCAGCGAGACAGAUAAUUAUGUGGAUGCAUCGAAUACAUUAGAUUCUGAAACUGAGACAGAUUCUGAGAUUCAAACCAAAAGGGAAUUGAUGCUACCACCCAACUCAUGCCAUCAAGAAAUGGAGUCUACAACCAACAGCACGCAAGAUGUUCACAAUACAAGAUCUUCUCCCUUGGAUGUCGAAAAUGUUAUCACAUGUCACAUUUCCGUGGACGAAGAUGCAUCAAGAGAAUCAAUAACCAUGGUUUCUUCCCAGAGUCCAGUCUCUGGCCAAUCAUUACGCGACAACAGUCCCUUUGAUUGCUCCGUUGGUGAUGAUCAUAAAAAUUCUUGCAUCAAUUUACCGGAGGCGAAUGUUUUUCAGUCCGCUAAUGUUGAUCUCUCUAAUCACUCUACAGAUUGUACUCUGCAGGGUUUGUUAGAUAGUGGUGUCAGAACAGAGAAUCAGAAAUUGGAAGGACCACAAACCUGCGAUGAACCUGUUACAUUCUGGACAAACGGUGGUCUUUUGGGUCUUGAACCAUCAAAACCUCCAGACUUCAAUGUCACAAAUGUUACGGCUGGGAAUUCUCUUCCAGAUACUCAUGCUAAUAACUGUGAUCCACAGAAGAGCGAGCUUGCUCCUAGGUUUCAUGAUGAUGGAUGUUCAGUAGUGUCCCAAUUAACUGUUUCAUCCAGGGGACGCAAAUCUAUGUCGUUCGAAGAUGGUGCAUUGGAUUCCACCACUGGUUGGCAUUCUCUUAGUGUGCCUUCUGGGGUGUUUGCUGACCAAGCGGGAUCCUUUAGUUCACUCAAGAAAAUUGAGCAAUAUGGCGUUAGGCCCAGAAGGGAAUCUCUGGAAUUCGUUCCUGUCUUUUCAGAACCUGUAACGAGCAAAGUUCAGGAGACACAGACUGGAUCAGUUCAAUUUCCUGGAAAUGAGUCUCUGGCAUAUUCUAAUACUCAGGCUGGAUCAGUUCACCAAGGCCCACUAAAAAUAGGCGUUUCAUCAAGUCUCACAAACCUGACUCGCAGACUUCUGGCAAAUGGGUUUCAAAGGAAAGAAGACCGCGUUGACUUUCAUACAUCUGCUCCAGCCGGAGAAGUGAAUAUGGAUUGCAACGAUGCCCAGAAUAGCUUCAUCCCAGGUGAUGAAACUAAGGGUCUCGUUGGGGCAUCUCUUGAACCAAACACUAUGGAAAAUACUAGAUACAGUCCUACAGGGUAUUCCAUUCCUCCUAGGCAGAAGUGCCCUGAGGAGUCAUCUCCCCCUUUGGAGCAUAUGAAGAUGUCCUUCCAACCAAUGAAUGGCCUGGAGACGUCUAAACUGAGAUUGGAGUUUCCUGACAGCCAUCUCCACGAAAGUAUUGAAGAGCUGAUGUUUCCUUCAUUUCAGUUGCUUCCAGGCCCCACCAUUCCAUUCCAGGGUAGCUGUUCUGAAUCUGAUGAUGACACUUUCUGUAGAUCUUGCCCGUAUUCUUCAGAGGAUUCGUGCAGUCCACCCUCAGAUUCAAACUCCGAGUUGUGGGCGCAGGACGAGAUGAGUGCGAGUGAAUACCAUGAGAUACGUGAUGAUUCACGGCUUUCAUCAUCAGCUGCAUGCAUUUCCAGCUUGUUGGAACCUGACAGAAGGAAGCAUCUCAGCACAGACCAAGUGCCCAACCUCGAAAAAUUGGUCGGGGACAAUGGAAGCAUUGCUUUUCAGCCCGCAGAGUUUCUAGAUUUACCUAACCUAGAUUCAGUCACUGAACAGGAAACAAAAGCUGAUUGUGUCUCAAGCAAACCUCUAGAUUUUGCACCGUCCACUUCAAGUGGCAAGCCACCGCCACCUCCUCCUCUUCCUCCAGUACAGUGGAGAGCGACGAAACCCGUGGUGUUCGUAGCUGAUACCCUGCUCAGUAGCCAUGAAAAUGACCAUUCUGUUGAUGGGCAAUGUACAAAUUCCAUUUCCGGCCAUCAGCUCGAAGGAGACCUGCCGAGGCCUCCAUCCAUUGUUCAAACUGGACUUCCCGAGAAAAGCAUAGUAAGUAUUGACCUUUUUUGCAGAAAUUCACUAAUUACGUUUAUAGAUUUGUCUGCAAGAACUGAAUAUAAUAUUCCUCCACUCGUGUGAGCAUCAGAAGCUUGGCAGGCAAAAGGAUUUGAACCAGGCUUCGAAUGGUAAGGAGCCCGAUGAGAGGGAGGAUUAUCUGCAUCAGAUUCGAACCAAGGUGACCCUCUUAUCCUUGAUCCACCAUUGACACUAUGAACGUCGGAUCGAGUCUCUGAGUAUUCUCACUCGUUGCCCUUGCUUGCAUAUGGGAAAAGAUAUACUCAGCCAUUUAAUUUUUUAUGUUUUGAUCGAGGCUAUGGGUGAGGAUGAUAACGAUUAUGAUCUUCAUGAUCUAUGAACCUCGAAACCUGCCAACGUUUUGGGCUCUUGUAGAAUGAGGCUCAGAUAAUGAACCAGGAUCCCCAAAGCCCUAGAACACAGCAGAGCUGACUUUCCGAAAUUAGGGUUUUUUUUUGGGGGGUUUUAAUCUUUGAUGCUUGAAUCCUUCUCGUUGUUGGAUGAAUUGAUGAGCUCCAAUUCUGAUCUUCUCUGACACUUCUCUAUAAUGGGUAGUCAUUCCAGCUGCGGCCCACAACAACAUCGAAGCCUCAGUUCCCGCCAAAGCCCGCCGCCAACAUCAAGGUCGCCGCAAUCUUGGAGAAGGCGAUUGCCAUCCGCCAGGUUCUAUCCAUAUUCUCCUCCUUCCAUCUUCCCAGCAUGCAACAUUACGAGUCUCUUUAUUUCUGGCUAAGAAUUUGCGUAAAACACCCAUAGGCGUGUGCGGGCAGCGACGAGGGAGCCGACGACGAGAACUGGAGUGACAGCUGAUCCUGGUCAAAAAAUUCCUUCCUUUGACUUUUGCAUGUGCUCAAGAUUGACCAGCAUUGCCUUGCUUGAUCGUGUUCAUAGCUUCUCUGCAUGGUGUCUAUGGCUUGUACACACUCGUCAAGACAAAACCAUUCUUGUGGACUCGCAAAUCCUCUUUCUGUAGUAAUAAAAUAAUAUCAGUUUGUAUUGCCCUCUGCGAGAGCUUUCUGUCCACAAAUCUACUAUUUUUAUGGAUGGCGGUAGCUAACCAAGCAGCUGACUUCCUCUGACCCAUAUAGUCGUUCCAAUGGAUAUCAGAAGAAUUACCCACGCGGGGUUAUUUGGAGAGAGAGAGAGCGCCACGUGGCGAAAGGAGUGGCCAUAUUGGUUUGCAGGUGGGCUUGGGGUAGGGGCAAUAUGACCGAAAAUUCAACGGCAUAGAACCAAAAGGGUCAGCGUCGGAAAUCGAGAUGUUGGACCGUUGUUCCCGUACGGGCCAAACGCCAUUUAAUCUUCCGUUGACCUCGCUCCUCCGCCUUAUCACCCCACCACCUCCAAUAGGCAUCCGCCACCAGAGAAGCGAGCCCGCUUAUCAUCCAUCCAUCUUCCUUCCAUCGAUCAUCGCUCUGGAAGUAUCAGAGUCAGCGUCCGUCCCUCGACAGCCCAUCGUGCCGUGCCGUCCCGAGCAGGGAAGCUCAUCUUCCACCGACGGCGACGGAGGCCCACCUUCCUGUUGCCUCUUUCGCCGGCGCUCGACGGGGACAGCUCGUUGCCGGAAUAUUCCUUCCGGCGAGUACCCACGUUCCGGUGCACCGUCUGAUCCGCCGGAGGAGGACUCUUCGUCAAAACGCGAGGAGGAUUAAUGGAGUAAUAAAAUCACUAGGAGCAGCCUCUCUCAUUAGCGUAAAAUAA